AUGACUCUUUACAAAUAUGAUGAUCAUAUAAAGAAAUGGCAAGAAGAAUACAAGAUGAAAGACAUGAUUCUUUUAGACUUCUUUGAAUUAAGUCUAAAAGAAAUAGAUUUAUAUAUUGAUACUUUGCAACAAAUUUGUAAUAUACCUUUAUUAACUAAUUAUUUGAAAGAUUAUGUUCUUUCAAUUGUAGCAGAUUGGCCAAAUCAA